CACAAUGUUUCAUAAUUCAUUUUUCGAUGUAAAUCUCAUCGAUAUCGCAAGCUCGCAACGAUGGUUUCUGUAAUCUCAAAAUGAAAUUUCAGUAGCUGCUUGCCUGCUUCUAUGCUUAACGAGGCACCUCUUCUUCUUCUUCUUCUUCUUCUUCCUCUCUCGACAAUAUGUUCAACACAUACACAAACUCAGUUCUAUGGCCGAUUAGAAGUAGGAAUCACCAAGGUUACUGCUCUUUGCUCCCCGAGAGAUCUGAAACUUACCGAUUUUCUCAAUCAUCUACAUCGUCGAGGUGUUGCUGUGCUAGUUCUCGCUCACGCUGCUGUUGCUAUUCAACGCCAUCUUCUUCGUUUGUUAAGCCUAAGGUAUCGAUAAACCCUGGAUUUGUGCUUUAUGGGCUCAGACAAUCCACACUUAUUCAGUGGCCUUCGUUUCAAAGGAGGUUGCUGGUUGGUGUGGGUAGGCAAUGCUGUGAAUCUGAGGUUUACCCUUCUUGUGGUGGCACAAGAAGAAAUCGAGGGUUUAGGCUUAGGGCUUCGGAAGAAUGUGGUAGAAGUUGUUCUGAUGAUGUAGAGGCUAUGAUUUCGUUUUUAAGUGAGGAACUGAUAGAUGAGGAGAGAAAUUGGAACUUAGUUAGUAGAAUUGAAGCUAAGAAGAAAGUGAGGUAUGGUGGUGAGUUCCGUGAUGGAAAUGUGAGAAAGGUUAAAGUUGAAGGAAGAGAUACUCGAAAAAACAAGAAUGAUGACGGAAAAUUAGAGGAGAAAUAUAGGCGAAAUGGGAUUAGGGAAGAUGUGAAAUUAGAGGAGGAAUAUGAGUGCCAACAUUGUGGUGGGAGGAAGAAAAAUUCUCAGCUGGAGAAAAAUUCUAAAUUGGACUCCAUUGGGGAAACUUAUAGGAGGAAUGAAGAAAGGGUAGUUCGACCAAGAAGGACAAAGAGUUCGAGCUGUUCAUCGUAUUAUUCACUUGGUUCUUCAGGGGAUUUCGAAAGCGAUACUGAAGAUCAGGAAGAUGAUGUGGAAUUUCAUUGCGAAAGCCUGAGAAGUUCGGAGAAGAAGGCUGUUGAACAGUCAACCAAUGGACUGAAAUCUAGAAAGGAAGCCUCGAGGAGAAAGAGAGAAGAGAGCUCUAAUGGAGUCGGUUCAAGCUAUCGCAAGCAGGUCUUUGAGGAAGGGGAAAAUUCAAAUCAGGCAGUGAGUUUGGACAAGAGAAGGAGAAGAAGAAAUCAGUUUAGUCAGACUAGUAGUAGAUUGUCUGAAUCGACGGGAAAUUACGAAGAAGAUAUGGAAAUUCAUGAGAUCCAUGUCAACGAUGAGGAAACCAAUUCCCAAAAUCAAAAGAACUUUGGUGGAAGGGAGGACAAUAGAGUCUCCUCAAUUCGUAAUGAUUUUGGAAGAGAAAACUUUGAGAGUUCUCAGCAGCAAGGCAAGGAAAGAUUGGGGGCUCGUUAUAGCAGUGAGGAAAGAGUGUCUGAAAUGCGCAGAAGUGCCAAAUAUAGCAGUAGCCAGGAGGAAGGUAUAAAUGUGCUCCAAAAUUUUCCAGAGACGACAAAUUAUCAGCAACCUCCAGUGGAAGAAAGGAUAUCUAAGCAAGCUGGUAUGAGAAUGAGUACUGAACGCUUCUCUGAAAAUUCAGAGAUUCAUGAUAUGGACAUCAGAAAUACAUAUGUCUCCCAAAGCGAAGAUCGGAUUAGAAACCAAGAAGUACAUGUUAGCUCGGUUUCCGGUUUGCAAUCAGAAGGGAGGCAGCAAGAUUGUCAUGUUGAACAAAAUCCCUUGCAAAAGAUGCAAUCUGACAGAACUUCUGUGUCUGUAUCUCAUACUAGUGAUGCAGUAAGGUCUACAGAAAUUAAGAGGAAAUCUGAGAAGAGGAUAAUUGGUCAAGGAAGUACUACGAUUGUGCGAUUGAACAGCGAAGCAGAAAAAAGCGGUGCUUGGAAAGAUUCUCGGCUAGAUCAUGCUAACUCGACAAGAGGAGGUCGGAUGGCCUUAGGGUUGCAAAGUUCUCAGGAAAAGCUGUCUGAAGAGCCCCCAAGAUCACAAUCAUCUUUAACUUUGGAAUCGGGAAAUAGAAUGCAGCUGGUAGAUCUGGUUUCAGAGGAGAUGCAAGGAUCUGAAACAACACUAAUUCCUCCUCCUUCUCAGCUAGUAAGCAGAGGCUCAGGGCAAAGUUAUGGAACUGGUGGAGCUUUUAUUCAAGAAAUUUCCCAGGGAACUUCAGAAACAGGUUAUCCCACUGCCUUUGAACAUCCAGGGGCAGGAGCUUUUGUUAAUAGUCAAUCUGCUGGAGAACUGAUGAGAUUUACAGCACACGAAGAUGCUUUAGGUUCGGCCCAUCGGUUUGAACAGUCAUCAGAGAAAUUUAUUGGGGAGUUUGUGAAAAAGGCCAAGCAUGAAGUAUCAACUCCGGAGAAUGAAGAGCGAAGACCUGAAAGCAAUCAGUUGAAGAGGCGGGACUCAAGGCGGUCAUCUGGUGGUUCAGGAGCAAAGGGACCUUCAGAUGAAAUGUGGGUCACGGAUUCUGCUCAGGGAACUCCUCAACCAGGAGCCACAGAAGGGAAUGCAGCAGAGGGAAAUGCAAAUUUCAAAAGAAGUGGUAGGUCCUUGUGGAGUGUUAUCGCCGAUAUUGCUCGGCUUAGGUGGGGCUCACGAGCUGGAAGCCCUGACUCGAGUGCAAAGCCCACUAGAAAGAGUUCACCCAACGAGUCAGUUAGUAGUGCAACAUGGUUUUCUGGACGUGAGCAUGACGGAAGCAGUGAUGAUAACACAAAAGCGGAUAAAGUUUUGCCACAAGAAGCUGCUUCCCCACAUCAAUUGGAGGUUAGUCAAACUUCGUCGAGGAGCCAAUUUGUAUCUUCUGAUGCUACGGAGCUGAAGCAGCAAUCUGGGAGGCCUGAAGGUGUAGUAUCAUCGCCAUUUUCCACAAUAUUAGAAAGUGGCUCUGCAUCCUAUCGCAUGCCUUCCACAUCUGGUGAUCAAAUUGUUGGUGUAGAUAAAGAAGAAGGCAGAGACUUUGAGUUUCGUCUUUCUGAAACAGCUUCGACAGAGGUGCCAUUGAGACUGCCUAGUCGAAACCUGAAAAGAUCUCCUGCUAUCAAGGAUCCAUCAGAAUCUAGUCCCACCAAGGUAUCUAGCGAUCAAAAUGUUGCUCUGGGAAAAGUAAGUGGCUACCAGGCUCGUGUUCCUGAAAUGGAUGCAGUCCAAAAGCCGUUAAUAUUUCCAGGUCGCAACCUAAGGUCUCCUGUUCUAAAAGAACCUUCACAAUCCCGUCCCAGCAUAUUAUCUGGCAGUAGAAGCUUAAGAGAGCAGGUGGAACAACAACAACCUCUAAGUGCGAAAUCCCAGGAAGAAACAGAUUCCAUAUCGACAGGCUCCCCGUUGAUACAAAGGAAACUUCAGAGGAACAAACAGGUUGUGAGGGACAGUUUUGAGGAGUGGGAAGAAGCAUACAGAGUAGAAGCUGAAAGGCGAACAGUUGAUGAGAUAUUCAUGAGAGAAGCAUUAGUAGAAGCUAAGAAAGCUGCUGAUAUGUGGGAGGUACCUGUCGGGGCUGUGCUGGUACACGACGGGAAGAUUAUCGCUCGAGGUUUUAACUUAGUAGAGGAUCUUCGUGAUUCGACUGCCCAUGCAGAAAUGAUUUGCAUUCGAGAGGGUUCCAAAGUACUUCGUUCAUGGAGGCUCGCGGAUACGACGCUCUAUGUAACACUAGAACCGUGCCCAAUGUGUGCGGGAGCAAUACUUCAAGCAAGGGUCAACACUCUCGUGUGGGGUGCUCCAAAUAAGCUUCUCGGAGCAGAUGGCAGCUGGAUCAGGUUGUUCCCUGGAGGCGAAGGAAAUGGAUCAGAAGCUUCAGAAAAGCCAGCGCCUCCGGUUCACCCGUUCCAUCCCAAGAUGACAAUCCGUCGUGGAGUUCUUGAAUCAGAAUGUGCUCAGACAAUGCAGCAGUUUUUCCAGCUAAGGAGGAAGAAGAAAGACAAGAACUCAGAUCCACCCGCUCCUACCGAUCAUCAUCAUCAUCAUCCGUCAAAACUCCUCAACAAGAUGCAUCAAGUCUUGCCAUUUUUCUGUCUGUAGAAGCUUACCUCUCCAACCCCUAUAGUGUUUGAACGAAGAACAAGUUUUUUGCAUCUGGGUCUGUUCACUGUAUAUUUAUGUCCACUGUAAUUUGUUAAAAUCUAAAGACCAGGUUCUCAGCUUACAAGAGCAAACAGAUGUACUCUUCACUGGACCUAUGGAAUUGAAAAAAAAAGGUACUUAACAA